AUGAUUAUUGAACGUUGGGAAGUAAAGUUAUCUAAAUGUAACCAAAAUGUGGGCGGCUAUUCUGUUCUGUCAGGAAACUUAAAAGAAAACAUCAAACUGGGAAGACGAGCACAAAAAUAUUUGAAAGAGCUAAGAAAUUUGCAACUUAAACCACUGAAAAUCGGAGGGUAUGAAAACUGCGGCACGAUCAAUGGUGAAGAGUAUUUUUUGGAGGUAAUUCACAUCACCUCUGGAAGACAAAAAAUAGAUGUAGCCGUUGGCAAAACAUGGAAUGUGACUAACAUUGAGAAUGACAACAAAGAAGAACUACAGUAUGAGUUAUUCAAGGAAAAGUUAAAAGUCGGGAAACAGGACAUGUUAUUUUUUAGCUGGAUGAAAAGUCUUUCAGUUCAAUUAAAUGCUCCUCUUCACCAAAAAAUGACGGAACACGGUUUGGCAGACGAUAACACGAGGUUAGAGUGGUUCAACAUCCCACUUCUCAGAAGAAGUCAAUACAGGAAAAAGGUACCAUAUCCGAGUUUAAGACAAAUGUCCUCUGUACUGGAAGUGCAAUGCAGCACACUAACGGAGGAAAAGUUGAACUUCUGCGUUGGAUUUUCUGAUAAACCUUUGUCAGAAUGGAAGCCCCAAAUUUUUGAGCAAACCUACAAUAGAUACCGUUUACAACGGAUCUCACCUGAGAAAUCUUUCAAAUAUAAGAGUAGGUGCAGUAAGUACAAUUUCAAGACCAGUUCGCAAAGCUGGGUUGUGAAAGUCCCAGAACAUGAUCAACAGCUUAAUACGUUUGAAAAACGUUAUGAUGAACUCUUUGAUGCUCAAUUUAAUAAACUAGAAUUUUUUAAAAUAAGAAUGAAAAAAUUGAAAAAGAAUAAGCCAAUUGAGAAAAAGAACUAUAAAAUAUGGUGUCUAGAAAAAGAAGACCUAAAGGAUUUGGUAUGGGAUCCUCUGAAAAGAAUUUGCAAUCAUUCUAGGUAUGCAAUAUUUGAGCAUGUUACCAUAAAUAGGGAGGCCUAUUCGAUCAAACCAUUAAGGUUAACUUUUCAAAAAUUAGAUUCCGGCUCCCUUGACCUGAUCGAUAAUCAAAAAAAGACGUUUGGUAGUAUAAAGCUUGCAAUGAGUAUGCCAGAUGUAAAAAAAACUGAAAAUCAGUCAAUUGAAGAAAGUGAAAGACACGAUGAAACUGCUAUUGAAACCCAAGAAUUUGAUGAAAAUGAUUGUCUUUCAUCUAAGGCGGAUAUUAAUACAUCAUUAGCUCCUCAAAAGAGAUCUUUCAUCGAUAAUGAACUAAUGUCCAUGUUAGUCACCAAAAAAAAAAUAAAGAAGGACAAGGAUGUUAGUGACACCGGUAUAUCUUCCACUUCAUACUUGAUAAAUUCUGGGACAUAUGCAAAUUCUCAUAUUGAAAUUCCUACCUCUAAUUCAGUUUACAAUGGAAAGGAAGAUUGCUCAUUUAAUAACUACUCAGUAAAGCAUUCAAUAUUGGAAGAAGAUAUUGAGAAUAAAUGCAUAGCCGUAAAUGAAAACAAGGUGAUUGAGAACCAAAAGGUAAUUCAGUCAUUAUGUAAAAAUUCCCAUCUAGACCUUAUCGAACAAUCUUACUUUGGCGAAUGCGAUUUCAUUAUAAACCAUUCAACAUGUGUAUAUAAAAUUCAGGCGAGCCGAUUUAUGCAACUCAGAAAUAACGGCUCAUUGCAUUACGAUAAAGCGGUAAACGAUCUUUUAACUGAAUUUCAGAGAGUCAUUAUAAUUGUGGAGUUUUCUGAAAUAAUACAAGACGUUGAUCCUGAUCUUUUCUGGAAAAUCAAACUUUAUUUAUUGAAUUCACGUGUUGAUGUUUUUUUCAUUCAUGAGACUACUGACUUUUUUAUUGAUUGGAUGAAAUAUUUCAUUGCAAGAUGGGCCUUUUCAUAUAACGAUGAGAAAGAAAAAAAUAUUGCAAAUGCCGAUAUUCUUCUAGAUUUGGGAUUUAACAUCCUCUUAGUACGGAAAAUUUUCCAGACAUAUAGUCUCGAAGAAUUUUUUAUGGCAAUAAUAAAGGAAGAAAGCAAAGCUGUUAAAAUGCUUACGGUUUCACAAAUGACUCGCCUGAAGAAGUUAUUAACCUUAGAAUGGUAA